GACUAAGUUCAGACUGUUCAGAGUUUUGGAGUUUGCCGUUUGCCGGUCACUGGUCACUCCUGCCGACUCUUAAAGCUUUAUUUUGAGAUAAAUGUCGACGAGUAUUAUUGAAACAAUUAUUGAGACGAAAAAGGACGCGGAAAACAAUAAAAAAAGCAGAAUCUAUUGCACAUUUUGCCCUUCAAAAAUUCUUAAUACUGAAAUUGCCAGAGGUUAAUAAAUAUGGAGACAAAGUCACAUCGUGCAUCGCUGAAGCAUGGUGCUUUAACACCAUCUGUGAAAAGAAGAACUAAAGUCUUAGCUAAACCAGUUACACCAUUGCAAGAAGCCAGAAUGAGAUUACAUGUCAGUACAGUGCCUAAGUCAUUGCCUUGCAGAGAAGAACAAUUCAAUGACAUUUAUACAUUUUUAGAAAGCAAAUUAAUGGAUAAUAGCGGAGGAUGUAUCUAUAUAAGUGGGGUCCCAGGUACAGGUAAAACUGCUACUGUAAAUGAAAUUAUAAAAUGUUUAAAAAGAUCGGUGGAAAAGGGUAAAUUAAACAGUUUUGAAUUUGUUGAAAUUAAUGGUAUGAAAUUAUCCGAUCCCAGACAAGCCUAUGUUCAAAUUCUAAAGCAAUUAUCUGGGAAAAUUUUAACAUGGGAACAAGCAUAUAACGCACUAGAAAAGAAAUUCAAUAGCAAUGCUAAGAGACCAAUGACAUUAUUACUUGUAGAUGAGCUUGAUUUAUUAUGUACAAAACGACAAGAUGUGAUAUAUAAUUUAUUAGAUUGGCCUGCUAAAAUCUUUGCACGAUUAAUAGUUAUUACAAUUGCAAAUACUAUGGAUCUUCCAGAAAGAGUUUUAAUGGGUAGAGUCACAUCACGAUUAGGUCUUACCCGAGUAACUUUUCAACCGUACAACCAUAAGCAAUUGCAAGAGAUAGUAUUGACUAGACUUAAAGAUAUAAAUAUUUUCAAAAACGAAGCUUUACAAUUAAUUGCACGUAAAGUAUCUGCGGUAUCGGGUGACGCUCGCCGUGCUUUGGACAUUUGUCGUCGUGCGGCAGAAAUUACUGAAAUACGUAACGGUACUACAGUAACCAUACAUGAUGUAAACGAAGCUUUGUCGGAGAUGAUAACAAAUCCAAAGGUUCAAGCAAUAAGACAUUGUUCGAAAUUUGAACAAGUAUUCUUGCAAGCUGUAUGCUCAGAAGUUACACGAACCGGUGUUGAAGAAGUUUGUUUCAUAAACGUUUACAAACAAUUUGAAUUUUUAUGUUCCUUUAAUGGCUAUGAAACACCCAAUAUUACUCAAACGCUUGAUAUUUGUACAAAAUUAGAUGAUUACAGAUUGUUAAUAUAUGAAUAUUCAGGUAGUAAUAUACAUCAAAAGAUUUUAUUAAAUGUAUCAAAAGAUGAUAUACAUUAUGCAUUACAAAGUAUUGAUCUUGAUUGAAGAAAUGUAUAAGAUUUAGAUUAACUUUAAUUUAUUAUUAUUUUAUUAUAUAGGAUGUAUGUGCAUAUUUUCACGAAUUACAAUAAUAUUAUUUUAUAAUUAAUGAAUUUAUAACUCAAACAUGUCUCUGUAAUAUUGUAAUGUAAACAAAGCAGGAUAAAAUAUAAAUAGGAUUUUUGA